CAGGAUCAAAAAUAGAGGCCAGCUUAGCAUCGAGUGAAAGAAAAUAACGAUGGGAUUGCUUUCUAACUUCGGAAGGAAUGGAAAAGACUCCUAAGGUGAUCUGCCAGCGGCCCCCGAGAGCCAUUGCCAUGAACCGGGGCUGCGCAAGUCAAUGAAGCCGAGCUGCGCCUGGCCCCUGUGACACCAGCCAAACACGAUGAAGAAAAUAUUCAGCUUCGCCAAAAAGAAGAAGGGAUUCUCUCCAAAUUCGUCUGACACAGGGAGUGUGCUGUCGGCCGGAUAUGAGAUUAAGGAGAAAGAUUUAGGCAAGCUUCAUAAAGCUGCUGCGGCGGGCGAUUUGGCAAAGCUGAAACAGCUUGCAAAGAAGAAUGACCUAAGUCAGCUGGAUAAAGAUAACAGAACACCUCUACACAUCGCCUGUGCAAAUGGACAUGUGGAGGUGGUGCAGUUCCUGGUGGAGAACAAAGCCAAACUGAACCUAUGUGACAAUCAAAACAGAUCCCCAUUAAUGAAGGCGGUGCAGUGCCAACAGGAGAGCUGUGCCGCCACCCUGCUGGAGCACGAUGCCGACCCCAGUCUGGUGGACAUCAAUGGGAACACAGCCCUGCACCUGGCUGCCCUCAUCCCCUCCAUCUCCCUGGCUGUGCAGCUGCUGGAGCACGAGGCCAACAUCAAUGCCCAGAACAAGGAUGGGUGCACCCCGUUGACUCUGGCUGUCACUGAGAACCACGCUGAAAUGGUGGAGUUUCUCCUCAAGGAGGGAGCGGACGUGAACGCCAGAGACCAGGGCGAACGGACGUCGCUGAUGAUCGCUGCGUGUAAUGGGCAGAUCAGCAUGGUCCGCCUCCUCCUGCGUUACGACGCUGACAUCACCGUAAAGGACGAGAAGGGCUGGACGUCUGACGACUACGCGGUGAUGAACGGACACCACGCUUGUUCGCAUCUGAUCAUAGAGCACGGGACCAAGAGGAAGUCACAGUCCUCACCCUCACAUCUUGCCCCAGGGAAGAAGAAGCGGGCAGCCAUGUUGGGCAGCCCGGGGCCCGGGGUGGAGACGGGCCCCGCUCUGGGGGGGCCGGCCAUGGACAGAGAGGUUGAAGAAGAUGAUUCUCAAGCGGAAUCCCUCAGUAGGGCAUCAAAAGGUGGGGCAGGUGAUUCCUGGCCUUCAUCAGAUGAAGACGAUGAAUUAGACUUCAGUCCAAAGAAACCACAAAAGCCAAACCUGAAGAAGCUAAUGAGUGCCUCGCACAAGGGAAAGAGUAAUGUGGUAGCGGAUGUGGAUAAGUCCUGGAGCGAUGGCCAGUCCGAGCAAGAGAGCGAGGGCGGAGCCAAGCGAACCCCGCUCCUCCCCACGGCUUUACCCCCAGCCGCCACCUCCCCCCACCCAGCAUCCCCACCUCCCACAUCCCGUCCUCCCAAACCACCUCUGGCGACCUCCACCCCUCCCAGCAGCUUUAGAAAGGAUGAUGAGGAAGAGGACGACGAAGAUGAGGAAGACGAAAAUGAAGACGAGGAAGAGGAUGAGGAGCAGGACGAAGAGGAGGAAGGUGAAGGUCCAGAAGAGGGUGAUAUUGCAGUGGCAUGUGUUGGCGUUAAGGCCGUUACAGAUGGAGAAAUGCCAGACACUGGCAUGGCAGAAAUGGCAGUGGCUGGUAUUGACGGCGAUGCUGAAAAGGAGGCGUAUUCAGAGUGGCCGUCUGGUGAAGGCCAGGCUCCUGCCGAGGCUGCAGAGCAGGGCAUUGUGGGAAAAAGAUCCCGAGCAGAAAGCCAAAAUGAAGAGGAUGGCAAGGAAGAUAUCCCUGCAGAGUAUCAACCUGGUCAGGCCAGUGGCAGAAUCUCGGCCAUCAUGGAUCUGGGAGAAGAUUACGUGGUGUCAGCCAUCAGGGUGGAGUCGCGGUUUUCAGAUGAAGAGGAAAGUGACGGGAAGGAAGUGGCCUUGGAUCACAACGACGAGCCAAAGACAACACCUUUGAGGAGCGUGGGGGCAAAGCUCCUCGGGAAGAAGGCGGAGGAGCCCCCGUCCCCCGAUGUGUCGUGGGGAGAUGAGAACGACGACGAGAAGAUGUCGGACCACGAUGAUGUUUUAGGAACUGGUUCUCCCGAACUUACAAAACCAAAGACACCUCUCAAACAGCAAGCAGCUGAGGCUUUGCUUGAUGAUGUUAGGUCCAUGUCACCCGACGAUUCCUGGGGAUCCGGAAAAGAUGAUGCGGUUUUAGACCAUAGACGUGAAGUUUCAGGGUCAGGUUCCCCAGAAAAGCCAGAACCGCUGCCCCGGCAGUGUGGGCCUGCAAAGCUUCUUGGGAAAAAAGUGGAAGAACCUCUGUCUCCUGACGUGUCGUGGGGAGAUGAGAGAGAUGAAAGUGAUUCUGAUUCAAAUGAUCAUGCUGCAGAGUCACCACCAGCAAAAGAGAGUACGUCACCGCUUGUCCUCGGAAAAACUCCAGACAAACUCGAGUCCCCAGAUGAUUCAUGGAGCUCUGGGGAGGGAGAUGUGAAAAGCAAACCCUCACAACCAGCCAGGAAUGUCGCUGAACAGGAGGACAGCGAUGUUCCGGUGUCACUCAUCGUGGGCCACUACGAAGGCUCGUACAAUGGCGGGGAGGAUUCUGGGAAGGAUGUUAAAGAGCUAGAUGAAGAGGUGCUGGAGAAAGUGGAUUUCAGUGAUGAGGAUAAAGAGAAAACUGAAGAUUUGGACAGUCAGGUACAACAGUUAAAGUACGGGACUGUUGCUGUUCCCAAGGAGAAACGUGGUGCUGAAAGAAGCUUGGAAGGACCUCCAGUCAUCGAACAGGAUGUUGCUGUUCACGGUGACAAGGUGGAGCCGUGGGACUCUGAGCCUGGCGGUGAAACGAGUCAUGGAAACACAGAAGGUGAACCUCACCCUGGAGGAAAAGCACAGCCCAUCCAGACAGCUGUGAAAGACUCCAAGAAAAAGUGGGGAAAGUUUCAGGAAAUCCUCUGGAAAUUUGAGCGCAAUGUGGCGGCACCGUUGAGAAGGGACUCUGAGGAAGACUCCGAUUCUGAGGUCACAAAAUGGAAAGAUGGUGUGGAUCCUGCAAGUUCAAAGGUCACAGCUGACCCUGAGAUGCAGGAGGAGGGAGAUGUGGCUAAAGAUGUCCUCCGGGCAGGAUCUCCUCAUGUGAGCGUUGAGAAGCAGUCAGAGUCAGAUAUUGAUUGGGGGGAAGAACUGUCCAAUAAGGAAGAGCUCCCUCAGACUGUCAUUGACGAUGUUGAUCUCAAUCCACCUCGCGAGGAAAAGCCCCCGCACAUGGAGGAGGGGGCAAAAAAGAGCAGAGACAUUGGAGAUAAACAGCUCCCUGGUCUGAAAGCCCUUAAACCAAGAGCGUCCAAGGAGGAGGAGGAGGAGGACGAUGACGAAGAAGCCAAAGAGGAGGAGGGAGAAGAGGAGGAUGGUGGAGACGCUGAUGAUCUUCCUCAGAAACAGAAGGGUUCACACAGUGUUGCAGAAGCACCUGCACUGAAAAGCCAAGCCCCUAAAGAUGUGAAAAGAGAUUUCUUGUCGGAGUUGGGUCUGGAGGGAGGGGAGGAGGAGGAGUCGCCCUGGGACUCUGAGUCUGGCUCUGACAGUCCAGGGAAGCGGCAGAAUGUGGGGCCGUCCCCUGUGAAGACUCACAAAGCGAUGGCCAGCAUCUCGGAGGAGAACAGUGAAGACCUGUUUUACGUUCCUUCUUUCUUAAGAGGAUCAAGAAACUUUAGGAUGGCUAAUCUAGAGUCUCCCAGGAGUGUAGUCCAGGCGGGCAGCCGUACAGCUCUGGAUUCAAGAACUAGCGGUGUGGAGAAGAAGCUUGAGGUGCUGAAACCGCAGCCAGCGUCUGUGCCAGCGAGAUCAGCUGGACCUAAACCCGGCGCUGAAAAAAAAUCAGAUUUAAUGGAAGAGCUUGGCUUGGAUGAUGCUGAUGAUCUCGAAGAUGCGUCUGACUGGGACUCGGCGAGCACAGCCAGCAGGACCGUCCCUGCACGCAAGCCAGCCUCCCCCCGGGAAGAGGAGCUGAGCCAGAGCUCGCCCGAGCCCGCCCCACCCUCCGCCACUACCCCUGCCCCCGCCCCCGAGAAGCGACCGCCCUCCUCCCCAACCCCGACCCUGCCUCUGCCUCUGCCUCUGCCCAGCCCUCGCAGCCUGACCCCUCGCUCAUCCCUGCAACUGCAACCGCAACCACAGCCCCGUGCCAGGAAACUGCAGCCUGUGAAAGGAGAGAGUGAGGAAGAGUCAGACUGGGAUUCUGAAAGUGUUACCCCAGGCUCCAGUCCAGGAAAGCCUGGGAUCCUGCAGCCAAAUGCUCCAGAAAGCAAAGCCAUAUCUAAACAAGGUACCCCCCCACGUCAGCGGUCCCCACAGCAGGAUGGAGGAAGUGAUGUCAGUGUGGACCCAGAAGAGGAGCAGCACAAGGAGAAGAAUGUGUUCGAUACCUCAGAGUUAAACGUGAGUAGCCCGUACCACAUUGGCACUGUGGAUUCAGAGACUCAGGCCAAUCCGGAGGAGAUUGGAGGCUGUGUAGGGGGCGGAGCUGGCAAGGAACAGCAGGAAGUGACGUGGGACAAGCGCUUUGAAAAGAUCUGGGUGGAGAUUGAGAAAAGGGAGGUCAAGUCCCAAUUCAAGAGCGUAGCGGCCGAGCUGAAGGAGAAGUUUGGAGAGACCGUGCCGAAAGAGUCUGUACUGGGAGCAGGUAGAAAGGAGGGAGAAGAGGAGGAAGAGGAAGAGGAGGAGAAAGAGGCUCUGGUCAGAACUGCAGAGGAAGGCCCUGGGCAGAACCUUGGAGGAGCAAGCAGAGAAGAGGAACAGGAAGAGGCUGUGGACAGAACCGCAGAGGAAGAGUCCAGUGAGGAAGAGGAGAUCGUACGGCCUGCGGCCCGAGCGAAGAGCGCCGCCCUGCUGCCCAUUCCUGAGCAGAGGGAGUCGGGGCUCGAGGACUCCGUGACUGAGCCAGCAGAGAGCCCUCGGUCUGAGGGAAAAGCGGAGCCAAGGGGUGACACACCGCAGAACCCUGUCAGUGCAGAAAGCAGCCAGCAGGGGGAGCUGUGCCCCUCUGGCGACAGCAAUAUCAAUCCUCAGGAGAAGAGGCACCUUCCUCCUCAGCACGGUGCAGGAAGUCACCUUGACGACGAUGACACUGACUUUGAUGGCGACUAUGAGAACUGUGGGGGAGGGAACCCCAAACAUGACUCUGAAAGCUCUACCGCCAGUGAAAACGCCUCCGGCGCGGGGGCCAUACUCAGCACAGGCAGGGGGAUUACCCGCAGAGAGGUGGAGGAGGAGGUGAAGAGACCCACGCUCACAGAGGACCUGCUCCGACCACCCCCCGCCUCUGGCCCCGCCCCCUCCCAGCACGCCAACCCCUCGGCCCCCCCGCGCUACUCAGACGAGGAGCUCGAGGAGGACCGGCACAGGUUCGAGCGCGAGGUCGGUGGGGAAAAGAAAAACGUUUUGGAGGUGCAGAAAUCAGGUGGAUUGUGGGAUGUUGGAGGAUCAAACAGACAAUGUGUGCACAAAUCGCAAACUGUGAAAGCCUACCAAAGCAGCCAAAGACAGCUCGGAGCAGAAACGGGCAACGGGCAUACUUCAAAGGAGCAGCUUCUUAAGAUGAGGGACACACCUACAGAGAGGGACAGCCUGAAAAUCCCUAAGAGUGCGGGUUUGGCCCUGCAGCAGCAAGGAGACGGUGUAGAUUCAGGUGGCAGGAUGACACAGCGCCCCCCUGUGGAGCCCAAGCGCGCUGCCCAUGCUAACGGAGAUCCCCUGUCUGUGUUUGAAGACAGUACAGUCAGUGAGGGCUCUGAGGAGGAUGGAAGGUCUGCAGCGAUGGACAAUCCUAUACGCAAGUUUUGUAGGCCUGAUGAGGGGGAGAUGGUGGAUGACUUUGAUGAUCUGACCCAGUCCUCCGACACGGCCACUGAGGAGGUGGACUCUCCCACCUCCGGCUACCGCAACGCCUCCAUCCUCAUACAGCAGCUCCACUCCUCCUCUAUAGACUCUGUCACCAUGGUGAAGCUCCAGAACAUGUUCCAUGAGUACGAGCGGACCAUCCAGAGAGAGAGGGGGCGCUACAGCCUGCUGGCUGACAAAGUGUCCCAGCUGGAGGAGGAGCGGGCGGAGCUGAGGCGGCUCCUGGAGGAGACGCGGGACAGCAGGUCUGCCCUGGAGCGCCGGCAGGUGGAGCUGGACACCGACCUCAGCAACCUCAGGUUCGCGCUGAAGCAGGAGCAGGAGAAGCACAGGAAUGCAGCCAUGCUGUACGAUAAGAGCCGGGAGCAGCAGCGCAAGAAGGAGGAGCAGCUACGGGCGGAGUCGGAGGAGAGGCAGAGGGUGGAGCUCGCCAUGAGGAACCUGGAGCUGGAGAUGAGGGCGCUCGUCAACAACAUGAAGCAGCUGGAGGAAGACCGCAGCGAGGCCCAGCGUAUGCUGAGCCAGGAGCGCAGCGCCCGGGCCCUGCAGGAGGGAAUGCUCAGCUCCCAGCUGCGCAAACACAAGGAGAUCGAGGAGGAGAACCGCAGAAACCUCAGCAAGAGCAGUGAGGCGGUGUCGCAGCUGUCGGAGGCGAGCGAGCGGGAGAGGGAGCUGCUGCAGCAGAACCGCUCGCUGCAGGAGGAGCUGGAGCGGGCCCGCGCCCACAGCCGGCAGGAGGAGGGCCGUCUCUCCGAGGAGAGCGAGGCCCUGAGGGAGCGGCUGGAGGACGCCAAGCGUGACCUCAAGCUGAACGAGGAGGCGCUGGCGCAGACCGUCUUCCAGUACAACGGCCAGCUGGCGGCGCUGAAGGCCGAGUGCUCGGUGGCGGCCGCCCGGCUGGAGCACGAGCGGCAGGCCCGCGAGAGGCUGGAGGCGGAGGCGGAGUCAGCGCGGGUGCGGCUGGGCUCCGCCCUGCAGGAGGCGGAGCGCAGCCAGGCCUUGCGGGCGGAGGCGGAGCGGACCCUGCAGCGGGAGCGGGAGGAGUGGCAGCGGGCGCAGGAGAAGGGGCGGAGCGAGGCGGCGGGCCAGCGCGAGUCCAUCCACACGCUGUCCCAGCGGCUGGGCAAGGCCGAGUCCAAGGCCAACAGCCUGGAGAACGAGUGCCACCGCUCCACGCUGGCGCUCACCGAGAAGACCGUGCUGCUGGAGGCGGUGCAGCGGGACUGCGAGCAGGCCCAGGCCCGGGUGCGGGAGCUGGACGCCGCCCUGCUGGCCGAGAGGGAGCAGUGCAGCAAGGCGGCGGCGCGGCAGGAGGCGGUGCAGGAGCGGCUGGCGCGGGGGCAGAGCGAGAACAUGCUUCUGCGGCAGCAGCUGGAGGAGGCGCACUGCAAGGGCGCGGUGAAGGAGCGCGCCGUCACCGACGCCCAGGAGCGCUUCGGCGACCUGCUGGCCAAGCUGCGCGCCGACAGCGAGGAGAGGGUGCACAUGGUGGAGGAGAGGAGCAAGGAGCUGGUGGCCAAGAACGCGGAGCUCCGGGAGGAGGUGUACCGGCACGAGCAGGAGAGGACCGAGCGAGAGGCUACGGUGAGGCAGCUGCAGCAGGAGCUGGCCGACGCCCUGAAGAAGCUGUCCAUGUGCGAGGCGUCGCUUGAAGUGAACAGUCGCUACCGCAGCGACCUGGAGGAGGAGAAACUUCGCCUGCAAAAGGACAUGGAUAGACUCAGGGGAAAGCUGCAGGAAAGCGAGGACCAGUGUGUCCAGUCUGAGCGCCGCGUCCACAGCCUGAAGGGGGCGCUAGACGACAAAGAGCGCGAGGUCAUCGCCUCGGCCCAGAAGCUGCAGGAAGUGCUGUCAGUGUCCGCCGCCACAGAGACGACCAUCAAGCAGCUGGAGGAAGCAGUGCAGAGGCUGGAGAUUGAGAACGCCCGGCUAGAAGCCGCAGCUAAGCAGCAAACCAACAAAAUCGAGGUCCUGCAGAAAGGAGCCCAGGAGGCUGCAGCGACAUCAGAAUCUUCACCUGAUGGAAGGGUGAGGAAUCGUUUGGAGGAUUUGGUCACAGACCUACAAGGAGCUAAGAUAAAUUUGGAAGAUCAGCUCAACCGAGAGGUACAGAAGCAGAGCAUGCUAUCCCACAAUGCUGAGGGCUCUCAUCAGCUCUGGGAGGAGGAGCUGAAGACCCGCUCCAAACUGGGUCUACGAUUGGCCGAGCUGGAGAAGGAAAAGGGAGAGCUGUAUUCUCAGAUGGAGAUUGAGAGGAAGAAGGCGAAGAAGAUUGCGGAGCAGAAGAAGGCAGUGGACCAGAGACUGGAGCAGGAGAUGAAGAGAAAUACAGACCUGCAGAAAGAAAUGUACAGGUUGCGGACUCUGGUGAAAACAGCUAAGAAGAAGCUGCGGGAUCAGGAUGGUGGGGAGCAGGGCUCUCCUCUCAGCAGCUUCAGGGGAGAGAGACACCUGGACAUGGAGGCCUCCGUCAGCAGGAUGAAGGCCAGGGUGGAUGAGCUGUCCAUACAGCUGGAGAAGGAGGCCCUGAAGAGCAGCAGGCUGGAGGCGGUGAACACCGAGCUGAAGGAGCAGCUCUCCUCCCUCAAGACCCUGAGCAAGAGUCACGAGCGGCUGGAGAGGAGCAAGAGGCAGCUGGAGGAGGAGCUAUCGGGCCUGCGCCGGCAGGUGGAGACCAGCAUGCUGGACCAGAACCAAGCCGACCAGUACCGCCGCGAAACGGAGGAGCGAGCCAGGCAGGAGAUUCGGCACAAACUGGAGGAGGUCAACCUCUUCCUGCAGACGCAGGCCGCGUCCCACGAGGCUCUGGAGCAGCUGAAAGCGGCCAACGAGGCGAGCCUGCGCAGCCAGCUGGAGCAGCGAAUCCGGGACCUGGAGGGCGAGCUGGGCCGGGUCAGGAGCAGCCAGCAGGACAGCCUGUCCCAGAGGGACUCCACCCACACCGAGCUGGAGCGGUACCGCCAGCUGUACGCCGAGGAGAUGCGGCUGCGCAAGUCCCUCGCCGCCAAACUGGAGAGGUCGAACGAGCGGCUGGCGGAGGCCAACACCAGGCUGCUGAGCGAACGGCAGCGCAGCAAGUCGUUUAUCGCCAGCAGCAUCGUCAACGGCGGCCUGCCGGGGCCGUCCCUGGACGUGGGCCAGCUGGGCUCGGUGGGGGCCUACGGGGCCACCCUGGGGCCCCUCAGCAGGAGCCUGGGCCUCGGGGGCAGCUUCCUCAGCCCCAUGGCCGAGUCGCAGAGCGGCAAGGUGGAGGCCUACCUGGCCAAGAUGCAGAAUGAAUUGGAAAAAAACAUAUCAAGGGAGCUGGAUGAUGCUGCAGCGGAGCUGGAGGGGGGGUCGGCUCGUCUCCCACCCGUGGGUUCGGCCGCCGGGUCACAGAAGAAUCUGGACCAGGACCCAGUGACCCGCGCCACGCAGCAGUACCUGGAGGUUCUAAAGAAGAACUACAUGAUCUGACACUACAGGAGCCUCCCUCCCAUCCGGUUAAGAUCCACAUCAAUAUUACAGGAGCCACCCUCCCAUCCGGUUUACGCCUACAUGAGUAUAACACUACCACCCGCUUUGGGUUUAUUUAUUGUGCUGGUAGGAAAGAGGAGCUGAAAACGAGGCACGUUGCACUUAUUCACUCAGGAGAAAAAAGGUUUUUUUUUUUUUUUUGUUGUUAUUAUUGAAGCCAUACGUUUACCAUCACCAUGGUGAUGAACGGUUACAUAUGGAGUGCAGCUUCCCCAGGGCUGGUCCACUUUUAAUCUUCUCCUUUUUGCUUUUUCCCUGAAAUGGUUAGAGAUUUAGUGCUUCAGUGUGUAUACAGAUCGGUUCUAAAUAUAAGCCAGAUUCAUGGAAAAAAAAUGCAAAGCCUUUUGUCCUCAACAAAGAAUGACGUAUUUAAGAAAGCGCUACUUUUCGUAUUACUCGCGUAACUUUGAGAUGAGCUGCCCAAAACAUUUUAUGUCGUGAAUAACAAAAAAAUUUCUUAAAUAUGCCAUUCUGAGGUCAGAACACUUUGCAGUGAGGUUGAGUCAGGUCCUGUGUCAUUGUGAAAUCUGAUGUAGUUUUUGUCCGAAAUGCAUUUUUCACUCCAGGAGUAUUAUAAUGUAUGUUGAAUAUUAUUGCCAUGUUGACUGUUUUCUGUUACAUCCGGUACCCGCCAUAAAAUGGUGCAAUAUGUUUUUCCUCAGUCUUCUUUUGUAAUGACUGUAUUAAUUUCAGACGCCUGUUUUUUGUGAAACAAAAAGCAGAAGAUUUACUUGAACAAGACACGAGAUUGUCUGUUUAUCCAGGGUAUAGACAUUUUAACACAUGAUUUUAUUUCAUUAUUAAAGGUACCAACUUAACAAAAAGAGGACGUAGGAGCAGAAGGGGAAUUAUCGUAUAGAUGUAGUACACAGCUGUCUAAUACCCAAAGGGACUCUCCUCUCCCGCACCAGUUCUGUAAGUGUGUAAUUUGCCAGUUAAAUUGUGCAGCAUUGCAGUCUUUCACAGUCUUGGGAAAUGGUAUGGAGUGUACGUCUUAAGUGUUAUCUUAGCAGUGCUGAGAUGGUUGGGUUGGGGUUGACGCGGGUCAGUAAUGAAAUGGUGCUAUUGCUGUCUGGAGAAGUUACACUCUGAUUACGAGUCUCUAUCGCAGAACCACUGUGACACCUCUGCCCUGGAUCAAUGCCACACUGAGAUGGAGGGUAAUUGUGAAUGGUCAGCUUUGUUCUCCCUUGAAUACCUUUGUAUUUUUUAAUUAAAG